GCGAGAGGGAAGCAGAAGGGAACACAGCAACCGUGUGCCCCAAUGUCUUCGUCAUCCGUUCCCUCCGUCCCCGCCACUUGCGACACAUGCCACGACAUGAUGAUCAUCAGGGUGUUGAUGAAGAUGAUGAUGAUGCUGAUUGCGAUGCAGACGAUGAUGAUGAUGACAUGAUGAUCAUCAGGGUGUUGAUGAAGAUGAUGAUGAUGCUGAUUGCAAAGCAAAUGAUGAUGAUGAUGAUGAUGACGAGGACGGUGGCGUUGUUGAUGACUACGACGAUGUCGGUGAUGAUGAUGAUGAUGGUGUUGAUGAUGUCGUUGAUGACGAUGAGGAUGAUGAUGAUGGUGUUGAUGAUGAUGACAACGAUGAUGAUGAUGAUGAUGACGUUGAUGAUGAGGAUGCUGACGAUGAUGAUGAUGAUGAUGACGACGAUGAUGAUGAUGAUGAUGGUGAUGAUGAUGAUGAUGAUGAUGAUGAUGAUGAUGGUAAGCAAGAGUGAAGGGGCCGCUCGCGAGGAACGAACGAGUGGGAAGCAAAAGGGCAUACAGAAACCAUGUGCCCCAAUGUCAUCGACAUCCGUUCCCGCCGUCCCCGCGACUUGCGACACAUGGCGCGAUGCGGCUGCAUGCGCCGGCAAGCAUGUGCGACGAUGGCAACCACUUUACGUUAACGAGGGCACAGCGCAAACGAUGGCGCAGCUCUCUGACGGGGCACAAGUCUUGGACGAUGCGCAGUUCUUCGAUGAUGGCAAAGCGCACAAGAUGACACGAUUAUUCGACAAGGGUUGAGCGCAUACCACGGCGGCCACUUGCUAACGCAGAACGCAAAGAAGGAAUGUCGAAGCGCUGACAACUGGACCCCAGCAGCGGGCAGAAGGACAGGAAAGAGUUGGCGACGAGAGGGACGCCCGCAGACACGUGGCGCAACAGCGGAGCAGCAAAGGCGAUGGAGGAGGUCGCCGAAGGAACAUCGCGUGCGAAUGCGGUCGUCACGGCUGGAGAUGCGAAUGCGCUGCACCAGACCCCAGGCAACAGAGCCCCAAACUGUC